AUGGACGCCACAACAGGUCAUCGCUCACUAAACGGCUACUCCAAUGGUUCUCUCGAUGACGCUCCACUUUCACGUCUCAGUGAUAGUUGCCCCACCGGCAAAUCGGCAGGCGUGCUGGGAUUCCGGGACAGCAGACAGGAUCGCUUUAUUGAUAAGACAAUAACUCGGCUCACUCAGAACAGAGCAACCCCAACUGACCACUUGCAUGCGGUUGUAAGCGCGUUGAAUGUGGUUGCGUCGCGCUACCUGGAUCGUGGAGGUACCAUAAACUCAUCGUUUCAGGGAAGUUAUCGGGCGAACCACACGCGAGCACUCGAACUGCUGAGUAGCACACUCCUCUCGUUAAGUUCUUCGAGUCCGACAGAUGUAAACCGUCCAGCAACCUUGUCAACCAAUGACCAUGUGAAAAGCUUGACACACUCUCACCUGAAUGGAGCGUUCCGUCGACUAGAGACUAGAAACGCGGAAUCGCCAUUGGUGUCCCCCGCAGAAACAUGCAGCCGAAAACGACCGCACGCGUUUUCGCCUAAUUCACAUUUCACUUUUUCACCUCCGUCUCCAAAUCUGAGCGUUUGGUCACCCCCGAUGGAGUCCGCUGAGCCUUGCCGCAUCUCGGAGGAUGUAAACUACUCCAGCAGACGAGUCAGUCGCACGACUGUGCACAGUCAGGCAGGACACACAUCUCCCCUCGAUCCUGAAUUCCACACGCAGGUGACUCCAAAUGCAAAGGAAGUGCUAACUGUUGAACUGGUUGAUGCGGAUUUGUGGCGGAAUUUUCAUAGCAUGACCACGGAGAUGGUGAUCACAAAAUCUGGGCGGUAA